AACAUCAAAACAAAGUUGAACUGCAAACAGUGAAGUCGUGUUUUCGCGAGUCUCUUCGGUUUUUAAACAGGGAAAAACAGGGAUUUCGAUUUGUAGUUGUGAGAUGCGCAAACUGGUGUACUGAAACGGCAAGAGAGAUUGUAUGACGUACACUGGGAGAGUAACUCGAUUCUGUUGUUGUUUUGUACAGUCGCCCAUCCCCAUCGUGCAUAAAACAAGAUUGCUCGAAUACGACGUAGCCUUUUUGAUUCAUUCUUUUAUGUGCCGAGUCCAAAUGCGCAGUGACCAGCUGGCAAUUGGAAAAACAUCACAGGGAAAUUGACUGCAAAAGUGAAUCGUUGGUUGAACUGUGAAGACGCGGGCCGUUUUAAAAGUUCCAUCAGAGUAGUGUUUCAUAAAACUUUUGCUUGACAUUGUAAUUAGAAUGCAAAUUUGAAAUCUAUUUGUGAUCGCCAUUUUAUUACACCUUUCCUAUGUGUUCCAGACUGUGGAUGUAAACAAAGAAAAGAAGUCGAAAAUCGUUUGCUUUGACAUCCUUUAAGACAUCAAUACUUUAUGUCUGACUGUUUACAAGGCAGAAAUCGUUUAGUUCUAUGUUGAAAGUCGCAGAAAACAAAACUAGUUCGCUAAAAAACUAGUCGACGUAAACAGUAGUGCGAGAGAGAGAGAGUGUGUGAGUUUCACAACAAAUUGCGCGUCGGGUGGCAGUGCACCUGUAUCUGUGUUUUGUUUAUUCACCGUUCUACUGUUCGCUGUUGCGUGUAGCCAGGAGACACGGCUCUGGCUGCUUGACGAGUCUCACGUACACCUUCGGACCCUUUGUUUACAAAUAUAGUGAAGCGGGAGAAUUGAUUUUUCGCUUGUUUUCGUGCAUCAGCGCGCAUAGGAUAUCUUCCUGUGGAUCAAUUCGGGAUACCUUUGUACAUUCCAAACAAAGAAAGGCAGAGCAUGUUCAAAUCUAUCAACUUAACAAGUGAAACGAACAAGAUGUCAGCAAUGCCUAGAAACAGUGAGGAUUUGUUAGGAGAAUCAUGGAUCGAACUAUCAUCUAGCACAAACACAUGUCCCAAGAGCCCCGAUCGGACGACUCCGUUACCAUUUACCUCGGUGGAAGAGUAUCUGAGACUGCUACGCGAGGCUCAGCGAGAGUCGAAAGAAUCAAGCCGAGUUGCGUCAUUGACUAGUUCGCGGAGGGAUUCACCUCGUGGAAGCCCGAAAUCGCCACCCAACAGCCCUAAUACCGAGCUUGCCACCACCGAAGAAGAGCUUAGAGGUGUCUACAUCAACUAUCUCAAUAGGGUCGACGUCAUACCAAAUGGAGACCUGAUACGCCGUGCAUUCACUUCAUAUUUGCUUCUGAAGUUGGAAGCCUGCGCGAAGCAGAUUGAGGAGCAUGAAGCGCGAAUGAAGAAAACCAUAAAGGAAGGAGCUGCUACCGCUCAAAAGGAUAAUGACUGGGUAUGGGAAUGGAGCAGUCGGCCGGACCAGCUGCCUCCAAAAGACUGGAAGUUUGAACAUCCCAAACAAGGUGUUCGACGUGGGCAACAAGGAUAUUCCAUGCGGCUGACUCGAGUAGGCAAAAAUUCACUCUUCUCUCGAGAAGUUUUGUAUUCACUUGUACUGACCAAUGUAUUAUCGUUGCUGCUGGGUGCCGGAAUUGGCGCCUGGUUACAUAAACGAGGACUGCUUUUCACACGUAUUUCGAUUGAAUAAUCUGCUGAAGGACUAUCUUAAGAACAUCACUAGAUGGCUUC